AUGGAGAAGCGGGUGGUGAACGAGGCGGGGAGCGGGACCGGAGCCCGCCGGAGCGGCAGCGAUCGCGUCGCGGGCAGUUUCCUGGCCGCCUGGCUGAGCGCGGCGGCGGCGGCGCCGCGGGAGGGGCUCCGCGACUUCCAGCACACCAAGCGGGUCGGCAACUACCUGAUCGGCAGGAAGCUGGGAGAGGGGUCCUUCGCCAAGGUCCGGGAGGGGCUGCAUGUGCUCACCGGAGAGAAGGUGGCAGUGAAAGUAAUUGACAAGAAAAGAGCCAAAAAGGACACCUAUGUCACUAAGAAUCUGCGACGGGAAGGGCAGAUCCAGCAAAUGAUCCGCCACCCAAAUAUUGCUCAGCUGCUGGAUAUACUGGAAACUGAAAACAGCUACUACCUUGUCAUGGAGCUGUGCCCUGGUGGCAACUUGAUGCACAAGAUCUAUGAGAAAAAAAGACUUGAGGAGCAUGAAGCACGCAAAUACAUCCGGCAGCUUAUCCUGGCAGUUGAACAUCUUCACCGGGCAGGAGUAGUUCACAGAGACUUGAAGAUAGAAAAUCUGUUGCUAGAUGAAGACAACAAUAUCAAGCUUAUCGACUUUGGAUUGAGCAACUGUGCAGGCAUCUUGGGUUAUUCUGAUCCAUUCAGCACCCAGUGUGGGAGCCCAGCAUAUGCAGCCCCUGAACUUCUGGCAAGGAAAAAAUAUGGGCCCAAAAUAGACGUUUGGUCCAUUGGGGUGAACAUGUACGCAAUGUUGACUGGAACAUUACCUUUUACUGUGGAGCCGUUCAGCUUGAGAGCUUUAUACCAGAAAAUGGUGGACAAAGAAAUGAACCCUUUUCCCACCCAGCUCUCUACAGCGGCCAUAAACUUUCUACGAUCUCUACUAGAGCCAGAUCCUGCAAAGAGACCAAACAUCCAGCAGGCACUUGCAAAUCGAUGGCUUAAUGAGAAUUACCCUGGAAGAGCACCACCUAAUGUCACAUAUCCAAACAGGAUUCACCUUGAGGACCUUAGCCAAAGUGUGCUGCUCCAUAUGACCGAGAAGCUCGGCUACAAGAACAGCGAUGUCAUCAACACUGUGCUCUCAAACAGGGCAAGUCACACACUUGCCAUCUACUUUCUACUUAAUAAGAAGCUGGAGCGUUACUUGGCAAGCCUUAGGAAGUCUGAAGGCCAGGACAAUAUUUGCCACAAGAACCAACUAUACCAGAUAGAAAAAUACAAGGCAAAUAAAGACUCCUAUGAGAUACAGAACACCAAGGCUCUGCUGAAGGACCGGAAAGUCACCAAGGCUGGAGGUCCGGAGAAAGACUCCAGCAGUGCGGUAAGCCCCUUCCACGAACCCCUGGCAACCAAGACGGGCUGCGUCACUUCCAGCUCCCUGGAGUACCUCGAAGUCCAGCAGCCGCCCCCCAGAACCCCUCGGCUCCUCAAGAGGCAGGAGUCUCCGCAGCAGGAGCCGGCCCGAAUCGGGGGCCGGGCAAAGGACUCUCCUCUCAUCCUGAAUAUUGUGCACUCCUUCGAGUCGGUUGACAGAGAGGACCAAAUAGACCAGGUUUCCCCCUCUCAUCAGUACAGGAUUUUAGGCUCACCAAUGAAUUUCCCUUACAAAAGCUCAAGUGAAAGGACACUGUCUCCGCUUUUUCAGCCAGGGAGUACGUCCCCCGUCCACCCCACCCAAGUCUCUUUCACAUAUGAAGAAAAAGCGUAUCCGGCAAAGGAAGAAGCAGUGUCCCCUACUCAGCUGGUUUCCAACAACCCCUUGGGUAGCCCCAACUGUGUUAAAAGCAGAGGCAGAUUCCCCAUGAUGGGGAUCGGACAGAUGCUGCGGAAGAGGAACCAGACAAUGCAGUCGGCGAGCGACAAGCCACUGGAAGCGAGGAUGCCUCAGCUGCAGCAGAUGAGCCCCGCACAGAUUUCCUUCAAUGCAGCAGAUGCUGUCAGCGGCCAGUGUUAG